GUAACUAACUUCAGCAGAUCAAUUUCUGAUAAUCUACAGGUUACAACGCCUUUUAGUACACAAAAAAACGUAUCUAAGUGUAUUAACUCAGAAGAACUCAGAAUGAAAUGUUCCAUUGAGGGAAAUCAUGUGAAGGCGUUUGGAAAGGCAAUUCACGCCCUUGCUCGGAUAGGAGAGGAUCUGUGGUUGGACCCACUGGAGAAAGGGCUGGCGCUCCGGGCGGUAAACUCGGCCCACUCAGCGUACGCCUGCUUCCUCUUCUCGCCCCUCUUCUUCCAGCACUACUCCCCCCGCCUCAGCACCCAGACCCUGGGCACACCCGUCAAAUGCCAACUAGCCAUGAAGUCGAUUCUGCCACUGUUCCGCUGCCUGGCCACCAUAGAACGCAACGUGAACCGCUGUGAGAUAUCCAUCAGUAGUGAUGAGAACUGGGUCGUAUUCCAGUUCUACUGCAGACAUGGGAUCAUUAAAACACACAACCUGAGCUUCCAGGAAUCAGAGGCCCUGCAGGCCGUCUUCCCCACCAAUCUCUGCCCCAACGUGCUCAAGGCCCAGGCCAAGCUGCUGGGGGACAUCGCCAGGCACUUCCCCACCUCUCAGGAGGAGGUCACGCUGGCCAUCUCCCCCGUCAGAGUCACCCUGAAGAACUACUACGAGGAAGAGUGCGAUCGGGCCAUGUACACAGAGAUGAGCCUGCACCCAGAUGAAUUUGACUACUACCAGGUCGGAAUAGACUCACACAUCACGUUCUGCCUGAAGGAACUUAGGGGCUUGCUGUCAUUCGCUGAGUCACACGGGCUUCCAGUGUGUGUCCACUUUGGCCCCUCCGGAAAGCCGGUGUCCUUCAGCCUUGAUGACAUGCCUCUGACAGCCACUGUGGUGUUGGCCACCCUGGAGGAGCGCACCAGUGACCCCCCCUCACAGACCGGCCCCGCCCAGACAGGCCCAACAUAUAGGUGGGUCCCCAGAAUGUGCCCGCCCUACCCUGUACACCCCCCGUCCACCGUCCACCGUCCACCGUGUGGGGGGGCCCCCUCUGCCCCGGCCUCUGCCUCUCCUGCGGCACACGAUGGGCCCCACGAGAGUCCAGUCCUGGCUGAGGACCGCGUGUUGUCCAGCCAGGCCAGUCCCGUGUUCAGCGCCGCAUUCCACCUGAGGAAGCUUCUGGACCUGCAGAACCCAUCCCCGCCCUGGGAGGAGGCCGUACCCACACACAACACGGAUGCUGAGGCCGCCGCCGCCGCCGCCACGGCAACCACCCCGUCCAACAAUCAAACUACAGCCAUCGAAGACAUGGAGGCAGAGUCCAUUUGUGCUACGACCAAGAUGGCCGCCAACACUAUUCCAGCUACCCCUCUUGCUGCCAAGGUGAUGAGACCAUAG